CAAGAAGCAGUUCCAUACACUGGCUUUGGCAUUCGCCACCAUGAAUCCCCCAGAUGAGUCCAUCUCCAACAUGUUGAAUAUCAUGUGAUAUUCAACAUGGUAUUUAAUCAGUGUCCAAGAAACUGAGGUACACUAAUAGCAUCAGCUAAUGCUUCCCUGCUCUCACGAGACUCUCCAAUGCUUCAGUCCAUAGAGACAGUUAACGUGGAUGGCAGCGGGAGGCACACCUUCCCUGAGAUCUUCUCGGAGGAUGACGGUCCAGCAGGACUAGCUGUAUUUGAGAACUCUUUUUUCUGGGCAAAUAACACACAGCUCUUUCAUACUUCACCUCGUACCCCAAAGGAGAGAACAGUGCUGCUAAAUGCUUCUGUAUCUGCUUUCUCGGUGCUCCACAAAGCCCAGCAGCCUAAGGGCAGAUACUCGGCCUGUGUUCCAGGUUCUUGUAGCCACUUAUGUCUCCUGUCCCCUGUCCAUCCCAAGGGCUACAAGUGUGUUUGUCCAGAGGGCAUGUCCCUUCUACCUUCUGGCACAUGCAGCGACUUAAAACUAGUGUUUUCUUCUGGCAAACGUCUCUACUUGUUGAAAGUUGGUUUUAUGGGAACUGCGAUAGAGAGAACCCUAGUUCAAGAGCAUCUUAGGAACAUCUAUUUUCUGGAUGUUGACUGGAAGAGAAACCUGGUCUACUGGACCACUGCUGAGGGGCAUCUGUUCUGCUCCACCGGCUACUCGGGAGAGAAGCAGGAGAUUUGGACAGAGCGGACAGUCUGCUCAGCAAACGUGGACAUAGCAACUGGGAACUUGUUCUGGGUGGCCUGUGACCGAAGCGUUAUUCAGAGAACUAGAAUUACUGGCCCAGACACACAUACACUCUACAGAGCGAGCAGCAUUAUACUUCAUCUUCUUCUCAAUUGGCCAAAGAGGGUGCUCUACUGGGUGGAAAGUGGGAAACACUUGCAAAGUAUGACCCUUGAUGGCAAAAACAGACGGGAAGUCUGGAGAGGCACCUGGACAGCAGACACCCACAUGGCCUUAGACCUCGGCUCAUCCAGCAUCCUCUGGACCACCAAAGGGCUAGCUGCCCAUGAGCCCUACCUGGUGACAACGAGUGGAGCAGCUCUUGUGCUCUGGAACAGGAAGACGCUGGAGUCCUUCUCGGUGUCCAAAGAGCCACACGUGAGAAAAGUGGUCAUUCUGGCUGAGAGCCAGGAAGUCCCAGCCUUUGGCAUAGAGCGCAAAAGUCUGAUCUUGGACCUUGAGGCAGAAAAAGAAAUCCUAUCACAGGAGUCAGGGGUCUUUGUCAGCAGAAGCAGCUAG